AAUGGGAUGGCAAGGAACGGGACCCGGCCCAUGCCUGCCUUCGACGUCAAACUACAUCUAAUUAGUCCGGUGGUCAUGUUCAUGUUCCACGGACGAGCCAUCUUAUGAAGAAUCAACGGUGACGCAGUUGCGUCUAUCGGAUUUGGAACAAAUAGUAGAGACAAAAGCACUCAAGUAGUCUACAAUGGAGUGAUUUGCUAAUGUUUGCAACUAUUUUUUAUUUCCUGGGUCAGAUUUGGUCCGCUGGAAACAAUUUGAACUUGUGGCCUACGAGUUGUUUGAUGAUUUGCCCCAAUGAAACCUCUCUGCAGAAUGCCAGUUUCAAUUGAAUCCAACAUCGUCUUUCGUUUUUCUUCUACAUUCCUUGUGAAAUUCAUCCCUUUGUAGCUCUUUGACGAAACAAACUUCCUGCAAAAACACUGAUCAAAUGGCCUUAAUGUUGCUGAAGAGAUCCACAAAACUUGCAUCUUUUGCAAACCGUGGUGUCCUCUCAAAGAUACGCGGUUUGUGUUCGAGGCCCUCCUCGAAUGCUCUUGAUAAGGAAGAUUUAAAUAUUCAACCCGUGCCGGUGGAUAACAUAGCAAGUACACAGCCAAGUUACUCUAGUAGAUUCCAUCUUUCUCCUUUAUUGUCUGAUCAAAUGCCUAGUUCGGGUGGCUAUAAUAUCGAGCUCGUAGACCAAGCUGCUUGGCAGAUUUCCUCAGGCUUGGCGCACGCAUGGCGAGGAUUGGGUGAAGAAAUGCAAAUGAAAACUGUUAUGGAAGAAGGGGAGGAUGGAAGGGUUGACGCUAACUUGACAUCUUUUGAGGGUGACACAGAUUUAGAUGAAAUUGAUAACAUGAGAAUUCGAGGUAAUCUUUUUUAUAAACUUGACAGAGGCUCCAAAGAGUUUGAAGAGUAUAGUUUUGAUUUCCACAGGAGGAAAUCUUGGAAUAAGGAUGCUCCUAAGGCAAGUGAAAACAAAGAGAUGUCAAAGAGAAAAGAUGAUCAGAAGGAUAAGCCAAUUCGUGAUUCUCCCUUAAAAGUUGAAAGGCUUCCUGAAGUUGCAAAGGACAAAAGUGUUUAUUCUUUGAUUGGUGAAAUUGAUAGUUCAUGUGCUGAGAAAAAGAGAGUCAGGACGCCCACAUUCAAUCAGCUUACGGGUCCUUACCAUGAGCCAUUUUGCUUGGACAUUUACAUAUCAAAAGCCUCUGUGCGUGCCUGCAUUAUUCAUCGGGUUACUAGUAAAGUUGUUGCUGUGGCACAUUCAAUAUCAAAGGAUAUGAAAUUUGACCUGGAUUCUACUAGGAAUGCAAGUGCUUGUGCUGCUGUGGGAGGGAUUCUAGCUCAAAGAGCAUUGGAGGAUGAUAUUCAUGACGUGGUUUACACACCAAGAAAAGGAGAGAAACUUGAGGGCAAGCUUCAGAUUGUGCUCCAGGCAAUUAUUGAUGGUGGAAUUAAUUUGAAAGUGAAGCUAAAGCAGAGAAAAUUUAAGAAGACCAGUCUUCCUUCUGUUGCUAAGCAGUAUUGUUGCUAAUAUGGCUGUUUGAUCAACAAUCAUCAAGCAGGGUUCAGCUGUUUUUAGGAAAUCCAUGCAUCAGUUUGAAGAGCUGAAGGUCUUCUGAUGCAUCACUUGCCUGGAAAUCAAAGCUGCAGAUUCAUCUUUUACCGAGAUAGCUACUACAAUCGACAGGAAUUUGUCUUAUGUCCAAAUCGAAGAAUUGAUACGCAUAGGUGCUAUACAAAUAUGAUCUCUUCUUCCUCUGGUCUUUUAGAAUCAGUCUUUGUGCGUUCUCUCCCAUAUUGUGGACAAUUUCUAUGUGAAUGAGAGAAAUAACUUGGUUCACAGUUUUCACUAGACAUGUUUGGUUCUUAUUGUAUGUUGGGUAGAACAGUUUCUGUCUUAAAUGUUUAUUGCAGAAAACCUCUGUAGUGUAUUAAUGCAAUAAAACCCCUUUGUGCAA